CCUGCCGUUUCCAGCCUUUCGGAUUCUGUCUCGAUCGCUGAAUUCCCUUCGCCCGCUCCGCUUCGAUCCCCAAAACCCUCGUUUCUCGCCGAACGUUUUCCGGUUUUUAUUUUUUGGCGUCCCGCGGUUCGGCUUCGUUGGCGUUUGGGUAGGAUUUGAGGUCCGAUGUCUGUUGUGCGGUGAUUCUUGAUUGAUUGAUUGUUCGAUUCGGUCGGAGCUCAUUUCGAGCGACGCGUCGUGUGGCUUUCUGGGAUUACCGUCUGGUGCUGCGGUGGACACGUUGAGGCUUUGCCGGUCUUUGGACGUGCGGCUUUUGCAUUUGGUGUGCGGAGCUGAUGGUUUGCUGAGGGCACGGUGUGAUUGACUGAUAGGCGGAGAUUGCCGUUGCCUGAUGGGGUUUGGCAUUCGUUGGUUUAUGCAGUUUUGCUUUGUUGGUGUUUGGCUAGGGUUUGAGGUCCGAUCUCUGUGCGAUGGUACUUGAUUAUUCGAUUUGGGGUUUCUUUUCGGUUGAGCUUGUUCUGAGUGGGUACGUCGCGCGGCUUUCUCGGAUUGCUGUCUGGUGCUGUGGUGGAAAUGUUGAGGCUUGCCAAUCUCGGCGUAUACUUGACUGUGCGGUCUUGCAUUUGAUGUGUGGGGCUGGGGGGUUUGCUAAGGGCAUGAAUUGAUGGGCUGAUAGGUGAAGAUUGCCGUUGCUUGACGGGGGUUGACAUUUGUUGAUUUGCUUUAGUGAUUAGUGAAUGGCAUGGGGGAUUGAUUUAUAUCGCCUUCUUUUCAGAUUAGGUUGUGAGGGGUAACUGCUCCCAAGUCUUUGUCUCGAUAUGCUUGUAAUGAGAAGCUAAUUUGGAUGGUUUAACCUGGAGAUUAUGCUGCAUGGGCACUUGAGUUGGGUUCUUCAGGUCCUUGAUUGUGAGCUGUUUUAGAGUCGGAGUAGAUGAUGAAGAAGAAGGAUCUUUUGGUUUUUAUGGAUGUCUCCAUUGAUGGGGACCCUGCUGAAAGAAUGCUUUUUGAGCUUUUUCCUGAAGUUGCUCCAAAGACGGCAGAAAAUUUCCGAGCACUCUGUACUGGAGAGAAGGGAAUUGGCCAGAAGACAGGGAGGCCACUGCACUUUAAGGGGUCAUUUUUCCAUCGGAUCAUAAGAGGCUCUAUGGCUCAGGGUGGUGAUUUUCACAAAAGAGAUGGAACCAGUGGAGAAAGCAUUUAUGGGGAGAAGUUUCCAGAUGAGUCCCCUCGGUUGAAGCAUGAUGGACCUGGUCUUCUUUCUAUGUUAGUUGCUGAUCGUGAUGCUUUAGGUUCUCAUUUCCUUAUUACCUUCAAGGCUGAUCAUCAUCUUGACAGGAAGUCUGUGGUCUUUGGGAAGCUUGUGCAAGGGCUUGAAGUAUUGAAAAGAAUUGAAAAUGCAGGCGAUGACGAAGGCAGGCCCACUGUUACUGUGAAAAUAAUUAAUUGUGGCGAAUUUUCGGAAGAUAAAAAGAGAGCGAAUAAGUUGAAAAUGGGCAAGGACACAGCUUCUGAGGCUAACAGUCAUGAACCGCGGAGAAAGAGUAAACGCAAGAAAUCUUCCAGAGAUAGAAGGAAGAAAAGAAGAAGAUAUUCAUCUUCAUCGGAGAGUUCAACAGAUAUUGAUUCUGAGUCAUCUGAAACUGAGAGCGAGUCUGACUCAUAUGAUUCUUCAUCAUCUUAUGUUAGUUCCUCAAGUGAUGACAGGCGUAAAAGGAGAAAGAGAUCUUCCAAAAGGGACAAGUCUAAGCGUGGUAAAAGAAGGGAUAAACGGCGUGAUAGAAAACGGAAGAGACGGGAUAAGAGAUCCAAGCGUAGAUCCAGAAGGGUUUUGAAUGGUUCUUCAGACACUGGAAGUGAGACUGAGAGUGGAAGUAACUCUGAAGAUGACAGUCUGGAUGCUUUCGGAAAAGAUCGGAAAAAGAAAGAUCCUUCUCAAAAUUCUGAUUAUCCAGGUCCUGGUCUGUCUACUGAGUCCAUCCAGAGAGAAGGUUCUGAUCAUCACAAAAAGAGGGAAAGUGCAAAAUCGCAUGGAAAUGAAGCAGAUGCAUCCCUAAAGGUGAAUGGAGAUCGGCGAAGUAAUGGUAUUGAAGAUGAUGCUCACUCCAACGGGAGUCCAGAUAGACGACCUGAUGUAGUUGAUGAUCAUCCAGGAAAAUCCAGGAGCAGGAGCAGGAGCAGGAGCAGGAGCAUGAGUCCUAGUAGUAUCAGUCCCCACAGGAAUAUGAGCAAGAGCCCUGAUGCAAGUCUAAAGAGGGCUAUUAGCAGGAGUCCAAGUGUACCUAGUAGGAGCCCUAGUCCUCGUGGUGGGUCAGGCAGAAGCAGGAGUAUAAGUAGAAGCCCUGUUAGAAGUGGUAGCAGCAGGAGCCCAGCUAGGAGUAGUAGCCUGAGCCCAGCUAGAAGUGUCAGCCGGAGCCCAGCGAAAAGUGUCAGCCGGAGCCCAGUCAGGGGCAGAAAUGUUAGAAGUGUCAGCAGAAGCCCCGUGAGAGCUCGUUCUCAUAGAACCAUCAGCAGGAGUCCUGUAAGGUCCAUUUCUCGUAGGAGUCCAAGCCAGAGUCCUCCAAGAACAUCAAGAAGAGAGAGGGAUAGUAGCCCUGUCAGAGCUUCAAGGAGCGCAAGCCGAAGUCCUGUUAAGUCCUCCCGAAGAAGCAUGAGCAGAAGCUCAGGGAGGGUCCCUUCAAGAAGAAAUGGUGGCAGGAGCCCUGUCAGAGCACCAAGUAGGAGUGACCGUCGUAGCUAUUCUCGUAGUCGUAGCCCUCCUUUGCGUCGUGCGGCUAGAUCCCCACCAUCUGUUCGUAGAAGGAGUUAUUCUCGAAGUGCUUCUCCAGGUGAUUCUCCCAAGCGCAUUAAAAGGGGGCGAGGUUUCAGUGAGCGGUACUCUUAUGCUCGUCGAUACAGGACUCCAUCUCCUGAUCGUUCUCCAGUGAGGUCCUACCGUUACGGUAGCAGAGCUGACCGUGAUAGGUAUCCAAGCUACCGGAGGUACUCCCCAAGGCGUUACCGAAGUCCUCCUAGAGGAAGAACUCCUCCAAGAUACAGAGGCAGACGGAGUCCUUCUGUUUCACGUAGCCCUCGUUAUCGAAACCGUCGACAUAGUCCAAGUCGUAGCCCCAUUCGCAAUCGUUCCCCAGUUGAGGUGUCUAAAUCUCGUUCUUCCCCUCGCGAUGAAAGGCAGAAAUCAUCUUCUAGGAGUCCAAGCCGUUCAGCAUCAAGGUCUUCAAGGGAUUCACCACCUCCUAAGCGUGCAAGCAAAGACAGAUCCCGGUCAUCAUCCAGGAGCCCAGAUGGAGGGGGUCUGGUAAAUUAUGAAGAUGGUUCUCCAGAUUCUAGUCGAAGAUGAACCUGUAAUAUGGGUGGUUGUGUCAUGGAGCUCGAGCUGUCAUCUUAUAUCCGCGUGUGAGGUCUUUACUCGUGUAGUUCAUACCCUAUUGAAUUUAGGCAAGUGCCUUGUUGGAAUCAGUAUUUGCAGACUGAAGUUUUGAACUAUAGUUCUCAGUAAUGUUUUUGUGAAUUUGAAUGUUUGGUAUGGCAAUUAUUGCAAGGAUAGAACGAAGGAUCUUGUCGGCUAAAUUAAUUUGUCGGUUGGGGUUGGGAA